AUGGCCGAUUCCGAGCCUCAGCGGCCUGCCCCGCAGUCGCAGAGCACAUCAUCUCCGAGCGCGACCAAGGAACUCUAUCCUAUGAGCAACUGGAAAUAUGACACUUUUUUGUGGACCACAUCCGUCCUGGUUGAUCUCUUCUUCCGCGAGGUGCAUCCCCGAGGUUCCUGGAAGGUUCCCCGUACUGGUCCCGUGCUCUUCGUCGCAGCUCCACACGCAAACCAGUUUGUCGACGCCCUUAUUCUCCAGCGGACACUACGGAACGAGGCGCAGCGCCGUGUUUCGCUCCUCAUAGCCCAGAAGUCGGUCCACGGUUUUAUCGGGUUUGCGUCCCGCCAGGUCGGGUCCGUUCCUGUCGGCCGGGCACAGGACUAUGCGAAACCUGGCCAGGGCACCAUCUACCUUCCUGAUCCUCUCAAUGACCCGACUCUUAUCCGCGGAAUCGGCACAGACUUUGAGAAGCAAGCCGAAGUUGGUGGAAUGCUCUUUCUUCCGUCUGCCAAGGGGCAGACAGGGUCGAGUGUCGACAUUGCCAAGAUCCUUGGUCCCAACGAGAUCCGCAUCAAGCGUCCUCUCAGGGGAAAGCUUGCCAUGACGCAGCUCACGGGCCGGGAUGACAUUGACGACCAGGGGAAUCUGGGGCUCAUGGAUAUCAACGGGCCAAAGGACGGGUAUGAAGGAACUACGUACAAGCUAGCGCCCCGCAUUGACCAGUCCGAAGUAUACCGGGCUGUGUUUGACCGUUUGAAGUCUGGUGGAUGCGUCGGUAUUUUCCCAGAAGGAGGUAGCCACGAUCGAACCGAGCUACUCCCGCUCAAGGCAGGCGUAGCGAUUAUGGCCCUCGGAACGCUUACCGAGGCUCCCGAUUGCGGCCUGAAGAUCGUGCCAGUUGGAAUGAACUAUUUCCACGCCCACAAGUUCCGGUCGAGGGCCGUCAUUGAGUUUGGCCAACCCCUCGAGGUUCCCAAGAGGCUCGUUGAGAUGUACAAGAACAACGAGAGAAGAGAGGCGGUUGGUCAAGUGUUGGAUAUGGUGCACCAAGCGCUCAGCGCUGUGACGGUCUCGACGCCAGAUUAUGAUACGCUCAUGGUGAUCCAAGCAGCCAGGCGGCUGUACAACCCCACGGGGAAAAAGCUGCCUCUUCCUGUGAUUGUCGAGCUGAACCGUCGACUCGCUCUGGGCUAUGAAAGGUAUAAGAACGACGAGCGCAUUGUCCAGCUGAAGAAGUCAGUCAACGACUACAACAGGCAGCUUCGCUACCUGAACAUUCGCGAUCAUCAGGUCCAGUACGGCAAAAUGUCGUGGCCCAAAGUUGUCUUUACCCUUUUCUACCGGCUGGCCAAGCUGCUGGCUCUCUCAGCUGGCGUGCUUCCCGGCCUUAUCCUUUUCUCCCCCGUGUUCAUCGCCACAAAAAUCAUCAGUAAAAAGAAGGCGAAGGCGGCACUUGCCGGGUCCUCGGUGAAAAUUCAGGGGAAGGAUGUGAUGGCUACGUGGAAAAUCAUGGUUGCAAUGUUCUUUGCACCGGUUCUCUACUUUUUCUACACUGCCAUCACUGCCCUACUGGUUUGGCAGGACCGUCUCGGGGGGCGUGUGCCUGAAUGGGUGCCGAUAUGGGCCGUGUUUGUGGCUGGCUUCAUCUUCUUCCCGACCAUUACCUUUGCGGCGCUUCGCUUCGGAGAAGUUGGCAUGGACAUACUCAAGUCGCUCCGGCCGCUCGCGCUCUGCAUCUUUCCGACGUCGAGCUACAGCCUCAACCAGCUCCGUGAGCGUCGUGCUGAGCUCAGCGAGCAGGUCACCAGGGUGAUCAACACGCUCGGACCGGAAAUGUUUCCGGAUUUCGAGCACACCCGACUCGUAGGCGAUUCCGGCCGGGCUGCCGCGGCGGCGUCUGCGGUGGAGACUGCUGCCGCCGCUGCCGCCUCCCGCGCCCCUACCCGGCCAUCGAUGCCUUACCACGUCUCCAGCGGAACGUCGUCGCCCGCCGCGGAGGGUGCCGAGAGCCCGCCUCAGGCGCCGCUCACACGGCGCAGCACGACGCGGUCGAGCCGUGCCAUCCCCCGCAACGAGUCGUUUAGUAAUAUCGGAAAGAUACAGCUCUUCGCUACCCGCCCGCCUAGCCGGAGCCGCAGCCGGAGCAGCAGCGCCGGGGGCGGGCCGGUGAUGGGCGGGUUCCCGGUUACUGGCUUCACCUCGCUGGAUAGCAAGGAGGGAUUUGAUGAGGCGAACAGGAGGAUCAGGCAGGCUAUGAAGGAGAGGGGGGAGAUCAGGCGAAGAAAGAGGGUGGCGAAGGAGGCAGGGUUGGAGGAUGAGAGUAGCGACGAUGAGGAGGGCAGUGUGGAUAGCUUGGAAGAGAGCGCGGGGAGUCUGAGGGACUAUGAGGAGGCGAGGAAGGAGAAGUGA